AUGGUCCUUCUGCUGAUCCUGUCAGUCCUGCUGUUGAAAGAAGAUGUCCGUGGGAGCGCCCAGUCCAGUGAGAGGAGAGUGGUGGCUCACAUGCCAGGCGACAUCAUCAUUGGGGCUCUCUUCUCCGUCCACCACCAGCCCACAGUGGACAAAGUGCAUGAGAGGAAGUGCGGGGCUGUGCGUGAGCAGUAUGGCAUCCAGAGAGUGGAGGCCAUGCUGCAUACCCUGGAGAGGAUCAACAACGACCCCACACUCUUACCCAACAUCACACUUGGCUGUGAGAUAAGGGAUUCCUGCUGGCACUCAGCCGUGGCCCUGGAGCAGAGCAUUGAGUUCAUUAGGGACUCUCUCAUUUCUUCGGAAGAAGAGGAGGGCUUGGUACGCUGUGUGGAUGGCUCUUCAUCCUUUCGCUCCAAGAAGCCCAUAGUAGGGGUCAUCGGGCCUGGCUCCAGCUCAGUGGCCAUUCAAGUCCAGAACUUGCUCCAGCUGUUCAACAUACCUCAGAUUGCUUACUCGGCCACCAGCAUGGAUCUGAGUGACAAAACUCUAUUCAAGUACUUCAUGAGGGUUGUGCCUUCCGAUGCCCAGCAGGCUCGAGCCAUGGUGGACAUAGUGAAGAGAUACAACUGGACCUACGUGUCGGCCGUACACACAGAAGGCAACUAUGGAGAGAGUGGGAUGGAGGCAUUCAAAGACAUGUCAGCCAAAGAAGGUAUCUGCAUCGCCCACUCCUACAAAAUCUACAGCAAUGCAGGGGAGCAGAGCUUUGACAAGCUGCUGAAGAAGCUCACCAGUCACUUGCCUAAAGCUCGGGUGGUAGCCUGCUUCUGUGAGGGCAUGACAGUGAGAGGUCUGCUGAUGGCCAUGAGGCGCCUGGGUCUAGCGGGAGAAUUUCUGCUUCUAGGCAGUGAUGGCUGGGCUGACAGGUAUGACGUGACAGAUGGGUAUCAGCGAGAAGCUGUUGGUGGAAUCACAAUCAAGCUCCAGUCUCCUGACGUCAAGUGGUUUGAUGACUAUUACCUGAAACUCCGGCCAGAAACAAACCUUCGAAACCCUUGGUUUCAAGAAUUCUGGCAGCAUCGUUUUCAGUGCCGUCUGGAAGGGUUUGCACAGGAGAACAGCAAAUAUAACAAGACUUGCAAUAGUUCCCUGACUCUCAGAACACAUCAUGUUCAAGACUCUAAAAUGGGGUUUGUGAUCAAUGCAAUCUACUCCAUGGCCUAUGGCCUCCACAACAUGCAGAUGUCCCUGUGCCCUGGCUACGCGGGACUCUGUGAUGCAAUGAAACCAAUUGAUGGGCGGAAACUUUUGGACUCCUUAAUGAAAACCAAUUUCACUGGAGUUUCUGGAGACAUGAUCCUAUUUGAUGAGAAUGGAGACUCUCCAGGAAGGUAUGAAAUAAUGAAUUUCAAGGAAAUGGGAAAAGAUUAUUUUGAUUACAUCAAUGUUGGAAGUUGGGACAAUGGAGAAUUAAAAAUGGAUGAUGAUGAAGUAUGGUCCAAAAAGAAUCACAUCAUCAGAUCUGUAUGCAGUGAACCAUGUGAGAAAGGCCAGAUAAAGGUGAUCCGGAAGGGAGAAGUCAGCUGUUGUUGGACGUGCACUCCUUGUAAGGAGAACGAGUACGUCUUUGAUGAGUACACCUGCAAAGCUUGCCAGCUGGGGUCCUGGCCCACGGAUGAUCUGACAGGUUGUGAUUUGAUCCCGGUGCAGUACCUUCGCUGGGGAGACCCUGAGCCCAUUGCAGCCGUGGUGUUUGCCUGCCUUGGCCUGCUUGCCACUCUGUUUGUUACUGUCAUCUUCAUCAUUUACCGUGAUACUCCAGUAGUCAAGUCCUCCAGCAGGGAGCUCUGCUACAUUAUUCUUGCUGGCAUCUGCCUUGGCUAUUUAUGUACCUUUUGCCUCAUCGCAAAGCCCAAACAGAUUUAUUGCUAUCUUCAGAGAAUUGGCAUUGGUCUCUCUCCAGCAAUGAGCUACUCGGCCCUGGUAACCAAGACCAACCGUAUUGCCAGAAUCCUAGCUGGCAGCAAGAAGAAGAUCUGUACAAAAAAGCCUAGAUUCAUGAGUGCCUGUGCCCAGUUAGUGAUUGCUUUCAUCCUCAUAUGUAUCCAGUUAGGCAUUAUUGUGGCUCUUUUCAUCAUGGAGCCUCCUGAUAUCAUGCACGACUACCCAAGCAUUAGGGAAGUCUACCUGAUUUGUAACACCACCAACCUAGGCGUUGUCACUCCUCUCGGAUACAAUGGGUUACUGAUUUUGAGCUGCACUUUCUAUGCGUUCAAGACAAGAAAUGUUCCAGCCAACUUCAACGAGGCCAAGUACAUCGCCUUCACGAUGUACACCACCUGCAUCAUAUGGCUGGCCUUUGUGCCGAUCUACUUCGGCAGCAACUACAAAAUCAUUACCAUGUGCUUCUCCGUCAGCCUGAGUGCCACAGUGGCCCUCGGCUGCAUGUUUGUGCCAAAGGUGUACAUCAUCCUUGCCAAACCGGAGAGAAAUGUGCGCAGCGCCUUCACCACGUCCACUGUGGUGCGCAUGCACGUGGGAGACGGCAAGUCUUCUUCUGCAGCCAGCAGGUCCAGCAGCCUCGUCAACUUGUGGAAGAGGAGGGGCUCCUCUGGGGAAACCCUAAGGUACAAAGACAGGAGGCUGGCCCAGCACAAGUCGGAAAUAGAGUGUUUCACCCCCAAAGGGAGUAUGGGGAAUGGUGGGAGAGCAACAAUGAGCAGCUCCAAUGGAAAGUCCGUUACCUGGGCGCAGAACGAGAAGAGCAGCCGCGGCCAGCACCUGUGGCAGCGGCUGUCGGUGCACAUCAACAAGAAGGAGAACCCCAACCAGACGGCCGUGAUCAAGCCCUUCCCGAAGAGCGCCGAGAGCCGCGGGCCGGGCCCCGGCGCGGGCGGCGCGGGCCCGGGGGCGGCGGGGCGCGCGGCCUGCGCGGCGCCCACAGGCGCCGAGCCUCCGGACACGGGCGCGAAGCCUCUGUUCCACGCGGCGGAAGGCGAGGAGCCGCUCCCCGCGUCCCCGAGCGCGCGCUCGCCCUCGCCUCUUCGCACGCUGAGCCGGGGCCCGGACGAGGACGCGGCCCCGCGGCCGGCGGAGCCCACGGCGCGCGGGGGCCCAGCGCAGGGUUCGCUCAUGGAGCAGAUCAGCAGCGUGGUGACGCGCUUCACCGCCAACAUCAGUGAGCUCAACUCCAUGAUGCUGGCCCCCGCGGCAGGCCCGGGCCCCGGCGCCCCGCUUUGCUCGUCCUACCUGAUCCCCAAGGAAAUCCAGCUGCCCACGACAGUGACGACCUUCGCCGAGAUCCAGCCACUCCCAGCCAUCGAGGUCACCGGCGGCGCGCAGCCCGGGGCGGGGCCCUCGCCUGGGGGGACCGCACCCCAAGACGCCCCGGGGGCAGCUGGGGCCGAGGCGGCGCCCUGCAAGCCCGACCUGGAAGAGCUGGUGGCCCUCACGCCGCCCUCCCCAUUCCGAGACUCGGUGGACUCGGGAAGCACCACCCCCAACUCGCCGGUGUCCGAGUCGGCCCUGUGCAUCCCGUCCUCUCCCAAAUAUGACGCUCUCAUCAUCCGCGAUUACACUCAGAGCUCCUCGUCCUUGUGAG